CUCAGGGUCUGGACCAUAUAGCGGAGAACAUCUUGUCCUUUCUGGACGCACGCUCGCUUUGUUCGGCUGAGCUGGUGUGUAAAGAAUGGCAGCGUGUGAUAUCCGAAGGCAUGUUGUGGAAGAAGCUGAUCGAGAGGAUGGUUCGGACAGACCCGCUGUGGAAGGGCCUUUCAGAGAGACACCAGUGGGAAAAAUACCUGUUCAAGAACCGCACAACAGAAGUUCCUCCAAACUCAUACUACCGCUCUCUUUAUCCAAAAAUCAUUCAGGACAUUGAGACCAUCGAGGCAAACUGGAGGUGUGGCCGACAUAACCUGCAGAGGAUCCAGUGUAGAUCGGAGAACAGCAAAGGUGUUUACUGUCUCCAGUAUGACGACGAAAAGAUCAUCAGCGGUCUACGUGAUAACUCCAUCAAGAUAUGGGAUAAACAGACUCUGGAUUGUGUGUGUGUGCAUAGUAAAAUUAAAGUAUGGGACCUACAAGCUGCUCUCGAUCCACGAGCCCCAGCCAGCACUCUGUGUCUACGUACACUAGUGGAACAUUCUGGUCGAGUGUUCCGGCUGCAGUUCGACGAGUUCCAGAUCAUCAGCAGUUCUCACGAUGACACUAUCCUUAUCUGGGACUUCCUCAACGUGUCGACCAACGGGCAGACGGAAGGACGAUCGCCGUCCCGCACGUAUACCUAUAUAUCCAGAUAGCAGGGAAGCCCUGGUGGCGUGCGGAGUGUGUGCGAGUGUGUGUGGGGACUGUUCGGGUGACCCAGUCUCUGUUGAAGUGUGCCAGGAUCAAAGGUCGAGGAACGCCACCACCACCACCCCCCUCCCCUUCACCCUCCUCUCUCCAUCUGUCUGUUUUAUCUCUCCCCCUCUUGAGUUGUUUUGAGGGCUGCCCCACGACACAAACCGCGUCCGUUUUCUUUCUCCCUCUGUGUGGAGGAGGAGGUGGAGAAAAGAUGGAGAGAGCGAUGCCAUUAAGCAGAGAGCGUAAGGAUGGGCAUGGAGCCCCCCUCUCACCCCCGCCACCGCGUACAGAGUGACGGCUGCCCCGGCUCCGCCCCCUGGGCACAUGAACUCUGUAUCUAUCUUUUGUUUGUUUUAUUUUUAUUGAUCCAAAAAGUAAAAGAUGAAAAACUAAAGGGAGAAGGCAAGGUCUGCGUGCCUUCCUUCCCUCGGGACUGUUCUGCAUGAAUGAGCGAGCGAUUGGACGUGUAACGUGUGCUGGUCAACCCCUUGGUUUCUGUCUUACGUUUUUGUUUUUUUAUGCUUUUCAUUUUUUUUAAGUUGGGGAAUUGACUUCAUAUUUUCUUUUCUUGUGAAAUCGUAUGAAUAAUUGUAGUUCUCCUGAUAUGUACCUCCAUUUCUCAUUUUUAGCGCUGUCCGUCUCGUUCCCCUUUUCACUGUCUGCUCGUCUAGGUUCUGAAUGACCCAUAACUGAUCUGAAUUUAGUUGUAAACAGAAUUGUCUCGUCUAAAAUGGUGUUGUAUAUUGAAAAGAUUUUUUAAAGAAAAAAAGCGUUAUUAAUAAGAAUAAAAGUACUUGACUGUGAAGGAGUGUUAAGAAGCUUG